AUGAUUCAUAGAAUUUCUAAUUGGCAUGAGUGGACUUGGCCAGAUGAAGGAGCAGAAGCAGGAUAUAUUCUUGCUAGAUCAUUACCAGAAUUAGGACCAUGGAAAAAAUUUGCCCCUGCGCAUAUAACAAAAGUUACUAAAGAGCACAUUUUUAAAAAGCCAAAUCCUACAAUCUCGGAACAUACACAACCUACUAAGUCUUGGACUAUACCGGCACCGGUACUACUUAAUUCAG